AUGGGGUCGUUAACAGACAAUCUUCACUUCGUCUUGUUUCCCCUAAUGGCUCAAGGCCACAUGAUCCCCAUGAUUGAUAUUGCAAGAAUACUGGCACAGUGUGGUGUCAUUGUUACCAUAUUCACUACCCCAAAAAAUGCUUCACGUUUCCAUAAUGUUCUUUCUCGUGCUGUUUCAUCCGGUCUCCAAAUCCGGCUUGUGCAACUCCAUUUUCCAGCAAAAGAUGCAGGACUACCUGAAGGGUGUGAGAGUUUCGACAUGCUCCCUUCAAGAAAUAUGAUUAUUAAAGUCUUCACCGCCAUCAACUUGCUCCAAAAGCCAGCGGAGGAAUUGUUUGAAGCUCUAACACCCAGACCAAGUUGCAUAAUCUCUGACUUCUGCAUUACUUGGACCGCACAAAUAGCUGAAAAGUAUCAUAUUCCAAGGAUUUCGUUCAACGGAUUUUCUUGCUUCUGCCAACACUGCCUGCAUAUGGCACACACAUCAAAGGUUUAUGAAAGCAUCUCUUCAGAAUCUGAGUACUUCUCUAUUCCUGACAUACCUGACCAUAUUCAAGUUACCAAAGAACAGAUACCUCUAAGGAUCUCAAAAUCAAAUAAAGAAGACAUCAAUGGCUUAAGGGAGCAGAUGCGCGAUGCUGAAAUGAAGUCAUAUGGGGUAAUCGUAAAUACUUUUGAAGAGUUGGAGAAAGCAUAUGUGAGGGAUUACAAGAAGGUGAGAAACGAUAAGCUUUGGUGCGUUGGCCCAGUUUCAUUAUGUAACAAAGAUGCUUUGGAUAAGGCUCAAAGAGGUAACCAGGCCUCAAUUAAUGAGCACCGUUGGUUGAAGUGGCUAGAUUUGCAGCAACCCAAGUCUGUGGUCUAUGUUUGUUUUGGAAGCGUAUGCAACUUGAUUUCUUCACAACUUGUGGAGUUGGCCUUGGCCUUGGAAGAUACUAAAAGACCAUUUUUAUGGGCUAUUAGGGAGGGAGGUCAGUUCCAAGAACUGGAAAAGUGGAUCUGUGAAGAAGGGUUUGAGGAAAGGAUGAAAGGGAGAAGCCUUAUAAUUCGAGGUUGGGCUCCACAAGUAAUAAUACUAUCACACCCUUCCAUCGGAGGAUUCUUUACACACUGUGGUUGGAAUUCAACUCUUGAAGGGAUAAGUGCUGGACUGCCACUGGUUACCUGGCCUCUAUUUGGUGAUCAAUUUUUAAAUGAGAAACUGGUUACUCAAGUGUUGAAGAUUGGUGUGAGCGUUGGGGUAGAGGUUCCAGUGCAGUGGGGAGACGAAGAGAGGAGAGGUGUGUUGGUGAAGAAGGAUGAUAUUAAGAGGGCAAUAUGGAUGGUGAUGGAUGACGGUGGAGAAGAGGGCAAAGAGAGAAGAGAAAGGGUAAGCAAACUGAGUGAGAUGGCAAAGAUAGCUGUUGAAGAAGGAGGGUCUUCUCAUCUUGACAUCACUUUGCUUAUCCAAGAAAUUAUUAACAAUCAAAUACCGAAGAGGGUGUAA